CUGUCAUGAGACUCGGUCACAUGACUAACUCAGCACACACUCAUUCUAUCACUCAGAGACUUUAUUCUGCUGUUGUUGUUGAAGAUGGCGGAGGACAGGGAACCUGCCGCGUGGCUCGACGCGUCGCACGCGCGCUCCACGGACCCGGAGGACGGAGAGGAUCUGUUCGUCAGCGCCGUGAGCAAGAUGGAGGCCAGUCCAACAUCUCCAGCAGAAACCCUCAUCAUCAGCAGCUCCAACGGACCAGAACCAGAGCCAGAGGAGAUCUUCCUGGACGAGGAUCCUGACGACCUCUUCGCUGAGGCGACGGAGGAGGUUUCUCUGGACAGUCCCGAGCGUCAGCCGAUCCUGUCCGACGGCCCGUCUCCCGCCAUCACUCCGGUGACGCCCACCGUUACACUGGACCCGCGGGUGUCUGAGGCGUUCGCCCGCUCGCCGGACCAGGAUGAAGAUGAAGAGGAGAACAGGGACACGUUUGACGUCCAGAUAUCGGUGUCGGACCCGGAGAAAGUUGGUGACGGCAUGAACGCGUACAUGGUGUAUAAAGUGUCGACGAAGACCAGCCUGUCCAUAUUCAGCAGAGACCAGGUGUCCGUCAAGAGGCGCUUCAGUGAUUUUCUGGGUUUGCACAGUAAAUUAGCCUCCAAGUACAUGCACAUCGGCUACAUCGUGCCUCCGGCUCCAGAGAAGAGCAUUGUGGGGAUGACGAAGGUCAAAGUGGGAAAGGAGGACACGUCAUCGGUGGAGUUUGUGGAGAAAAGGAGAUCUGCGCUGGAAAGGUAUUUCAGAGAACGAAUACAUAAACAUUCAAUAACAUUUUAG